GCGGUUUGAACGAGACGAAGAUGGAACCGGAGCGGGGCGCAGGCAGCGGAUACGGUUCUGCCAAGAGGCGAAGAUGGCGGUGAACGUAUACUCGACGUCGGUCACCAGUGAUAACCUAAGUCGACAUGACAUGCUGGCCUGGAUCAAUGAGUCUCUGCAACUGAAUCUGACCAAGAUCGAGCAGUUGUGCUCAGGGGCUGCGUACUGUCAGUUUAUGGACAUGUUGUUCCCUGGCUCCAUUGCCUUGAAGAAAGUGAAAUUCCAAGCUAAGCUAGAACAUGAAUACAUCCAGAACUUCAAAAUACUACAAGCAGGUUUUAAGAGAAUGGGUGUAGACAAAAUAAUUCCUGUGGACAAAUUAGUAAAAGGAAAAUUUCAAGACAAUUUUAAAUUUGUUCAGUGGUUCAAGAAGUUUUUUGAUGCAAACUAUGAUGGAAAAGACUAUGACCCUGUGGCUGCCAGGCAAGGUCAAGAAACUGCUGUGGCUCCCUCACUUGUCGCUCCAGCUCUGAACAAACGGAAGAAACCUCUCAGUUCUGGUGGUGCAGCGUCACAGAGGCCCAUUUCAACACAGAGAACUACUGCAAUUCCUAAGGCUGGCGCAAGGGUGGUGCGCAAGAAUCCCGGGGUGGGCAAUGGAGAUGAUGCAGCAGCUGAGUUGAUGCAGCAGGUCAAUGUAUUGAAACUUACCUUCGAAGACUUGGAGAAAGAAAGAGAUUUCUAUUUAGGAAAGCUAAGAAACAUUGAAUUGAUUUGCCAGGAGAACGAGGGGGAAAAUGACCCUGUUUUGCAGAGGAUUGUGGACAUUCUGUAUGCUACAGACAAAGAACUGCAUUUGGAAGAAGGGGACUUAGAUGAGGAGAUGGCUGACUAUGGAGUACUGAGCCAGCUACGAGAACAGAAUCUGACAGCAUAA